UAAUUCAACAAAUUAUUGCCUUCAAUUGUUGCUUUUACUUCAUCUUUCUAUUACAAACAAAAUUAUCACUGUGAAACUUCAUAUAAAUUGGAGUUGCAGUAACUUCCAGUGCACAUGCCGCGUUUAUAUUAAGCUGUUCUCUCCCUUACCGUUAGCCCUCUCCACUCCUGUCUUUACGCAAGACGACUUCAAGAAGUUCACCGCCGACAAAGCCAUCGAGUACGUCAAGUCCGGCAUGGUCCUCAGUCUCGGCACCGGCUCCACCGCCGCUUCGUCGUUGCCAAGCUCAGUCAUUUCCUCUCCACCGGUCAACUUUCCAACAUCAUCAGCGUUCCUACCUCCAAGCGCUAUUGUAGAACUCGAGAAUGGAGAGCGCUUCAAGGGUGAAAGCCUUGCUCGUGGUAUGUCGCAAAAAAAAAUUUACCCACUCAUUAGUGGUUUAGAUGCAAAAUUGACUAAUGCAAUUGACGGACACGCUAUUCUGUGCAAGAUAGGAACAAUUGAUCCAGAGAAGGCGAAGGAAAAAAUACUGGUUUGUUGUAGAGGCGAGACCGCGAGAGUGGAAAAGAGCCUUGUGGCUAUGGAGGCUGGUGCAGUUGGAGUGAUUCUUUGCAACGAUAAGUUCAGUGGUGCAAUUUUGUGGAAAGUACAAUUUGGCUCAGGUUCAGGAGUUGUUCAAAAAAAAAAGAAGUGGUGGAGUACAGGCUGUUUUUGA